AUGGGACCAUUCAUGGGCUCGCAUGAGAUUGAUGAUCAAGUCGAAGAACCUCGGUGGUCAGACUUGUGGCCAACUGAAAAUGAGAUCAGUAUACUGCCUGGUAGCGACUACGAGAAUCUACGCCUUGUCCAUCCCGAGACGGACUUCGAUCCAACUCGAACGUCGCCGGGGCCAAUAGAUCACACUAUUCAGCCAUAUGUGACCCGUUCCGAAUCUGGCCAAAUUUUUUCGCAGGUUCAAGAAGAUCCUUCCACUACCAGUCUGGAGAAUUUGUCAAACGCGUUCUCUUUCUACAUCGGUCCGACAGGUCCAUCGGAUGUGUCUCUUCUGAGUCAGCACGCGCAUCUUGGACGGCUAGCCCCUGGCUUGUCCUUUCGCAAGGUCUCCGACGAUCGCAAGGCCAAAAGCACCAUAUUCGGUAUCACUGAGUACGAACUCAUCGACACAGUAGAACCAAGUCCCGGUAAGAAUGAAAUCGAGACCGCCUGGAGGGAGCUUUGGAGCAUAGUGGAUCGCAGAACUGCUCUACAGCUGUACCGACUCUAUUUCAGGUUCAUCAAUCCCUACUUCCCAGUCCUCGAUUUGGUCGAGUCCACAGAUGUAUUGGACGGACUGAGUCUUGCCCUCAUCGCCGGGAUCUGCGCAUCAUCUGUUCCCUUCAUGCUGUAUGACGAGGAAUUGUACGAUGUUCUUCCUCGCCCUCCAUCUCGCCCGCAGCUCUAUCGGUUGUGCUGGCUGGGAAUUACACAAGAGCUUCACGCACCGACCUUGGCCACGGUGCAGGCGUGCCUGAUGCUCCAGCACCACUUGCCGGCCAACCCAGUGCUUUCCGAUACAGCUUUCAAGUGGUCUCUGAACAGUAUCACAGUGUCUGUCGCGCAAACCGUUGGACUACACCGCGACCCCUCGCAAUGGACGCUCGUGCCACUCCAGGAGCGCCUUCUUCGCCAGCGGCUAUGGUGGGCUGUGUGGACCAUGGACCAGUGGCUUGCUUUGUCGCGGGGUAUGCCUGCGCUGAUCAACGAUGAAGACGCAGAUGUACCACAUCUUCCCGUUCGGACAGGUUGCGAGCUGUCUGGAGCCGACUUAACAAUCAACCAUUUUGAGCGUCUCACACAUCUGACUUUGAUUCUCAACGACAUUCGCACUACCUACUACACAGUGAGAGGCGAGUCAAGGACAGCAGAAGACUUGAGCAUCUCCUUGGACGCGGCCAGAACGCUGCGGACAAGACUUCGCACUUGGCAAGAAACUCUCCCCGACAAUCUCCGAUCCUGGUCAAGAUCAUCUGGACGGGUGACUGGAGGAGAUCGAGAGGCAGAUCAUCAUCGACGAUUGGACGGGAAUGCUUCAUUACAUCUGUCGUACAUUGUGGUCCACAUGCUCUUAUUCCGCGCCCUAUUCAGACCUAUAAAGCAUUUGAGAUCCUCCGGGCGUCCUCCCGGUAUGUCUGAUGAUCGUGUCAUGCGCGAGGGAGUCUCGGCGAUCACCACAGGCUCGAUAUUCUGUGCCAGAGAGCUGGUGGACUUCCUCGAGAACUUAGACAGCCUCGUAUGGAAUGCCUUCUGGCACUGCUGGUCGCGACCUAACUUCGCGAUGGCGGGCUUGUUCAUGGUGGAUCUAUUGCUGGUACUCUCUCAACUUGGCAACUCUGACAGCUGUCAAAUCACGGAAUCAAGUGAUAGCAAUAUUCACGCCGAUGCUGCCUCCGAGGACGGGCUCAAGGAGCUCAAGCGACUGAUAGAACGAUGGCGAUGGAUCAAUCGCGUAUCGGCUAAUGGUGCAGCCGGCGUAAAAGGCCUCACCACCCUUGGCCUGUUCAAGGUCGAGACGAUUCUUGCCGAGCUAAGGCGAUCUCAAACAGUGUGA